AUGUUGAGACUCUUUGAUAGAGUAGUUUAGAAUAAAAAGCAAAAUUAAAAGUUCAUGACAUGGAAGGAAUUCGUUGAUGUUCUCAUUUCUGAAACACUGGUUCAUGAUAAUAUGGCAUUGACUGAAUACUUUAAAAACUACUAGAAUAGUGGCGAGUCAGAGACUCUCCAAAGAAUUAAAGGAUUAGAUCUUAACCAAAAAAGAUCAAUGUAAAACUACAUAAUUGAUGGUGAGGACAAAAUGAUGCUAGAAAUGCUCAAUGAAAACGGAGAAAUACUAAUGCCGAUAGAUAAAUGCUUGUCUCACAAUGAAAAGACAGUUUUAUAAAGAUUGACUCAAGUUGAUAAACGAACACAUAAGGAUGGAAUUUAAAAGUAACACUUUUCACAUUUUAUUAGAUAUCACUGUAGAGUAUUAUUUGCUGAAAAUUUAUAUGGAGGCUCUAUUUUAUGCCUUGACUAAAUGUGUGAUAGGAUCCUAAUGUACGACAAGCAAAUGAAGAAAUCUAGAGUAUACCUUACCAUUGAUCACAAAAUACACAAUUUUGAUGCAAUUAUCCUUGAUAUGGCCUACUCAGUCAAAGAGUAAAUGGUAUAAUAUGAUUAAAAUUUAUGUGAGAUUAUUUAGCUAGGAGUGGUGAUGAGGGAUAACUCUAUAAGUUUCUGGUCUGCUAACGAUGACUUCAAGUAUGAGCGAAAGAUUGAGUCAGAUUUGCCAAACUUUUAAUAUCAGAUUUGGUACUUGAAUUCAGUUAGAAAGUGGAUAACCACAGAUAAAACUAACUAACUGCACUUGUGGACUCCAUCUUCAGACUUUCCUUAGUCCCUUGAUUUAAAUGCCCAUAAAGAAAAGAUUAUUUAUCUUAAAGAAGUAAUGGAAAUAGAUGGUUUUAUUACUAGCUCCCUAGAUAAAACAUUUGUGGUUUGGGACUCUAGAUUACUGAAGAUGCUUUUUGGAGCUAGCUAUGAGUAAAAUAUUAGGAUAUAUGAGUUUCCAAAUAAAUUUGAAUGCAACUUGAGCAAGAUUCUAAUUGGACAUCAGACAAUGAUAACAGCCAUUGAAUUAAUAGAUGAAAGAAACAUUUUAAUAUCAAUAGAUGACUCUGCAUGCCUCAAAUGCUGGAGUCUAAAUGACAACAAAUGCGUGCAAACUUAUAGAUUUGACUACUUUAUUGAGGCUUAGGCAUUAAUUAGUAUUAACAAUGCCUAGUUUGUUAGUGUGUCAAAUAGAAUGCAUCUUUUUACUAUUCUCUCCAUUAAUUUUCAGAGGAAACUUACUGAUUAUUAAUUUGAAGAUCCCUAUUAUUUAAUCCGAGAUUUUUUAGGGGCUAAUCAUGGUAAAAAAGGUAUUCAUGUUAAUAAAGAUGAAGUGACUAAGGAAGUCAAAUUAUAAGAUUAGGUCCUCGAUGUGAUGUUUUCAGUGCUCUUGCAAAAAGUGAUAGUAGUGAAUAAGAAAGAUGUGCGCAUUUUCAACAUGUAAGAUGGUCUCUAAGAGAUGUUAAUGUCAAAGAUAAGCAAUAAUGAUUGUGAGCUGACAUUUUGCACCCUUGAGGAUAAUAUACUGGUAAUUUCUGAUGUUGAUGGCAGAUUGUACUCUAUUGAUAUAUUGAAGCAUGAGAGAUUCGAGAUUUUCCCUAAAUGCCAAUCAUAGAUAGUGACAAUCAAAAUUGAUUUAAAGAAUCAUCAAAUCAUAGUCUGCGAGGAAUAUCUAAAUAGAAUUAGAGUUUUGCAGCUUAAAGAUGAUUUCCUAGCUGUUGAUUAGUCUAAAAAGCAAAAAUAGUGUAAUAUUGUAAGAGAGUUGCUAAACUGCGUUCCUCCAGGGGAUGACCUGCUUUAAUGUUACAUCAGUCUCUAUUUAAACACCAUCCUAGUAGGAAACAAUAAUAAAUAAAGAGUGGAAGUGUGGAAUUAUGAUGGAUUACAGUGA